AUAUAUAUAUAUAUAUAUAUAUAUGUAAAAGGCCUAAAGCUCUUAGUAAAAUUUAUUUUGCGAAAGAAUCAGUUAAUCAGUGAAAGAUAUCUUAAAAAACAAUUUGUUUUGAAAAUAAAUUUUUUCGAAAAGUUAGUUUAAAAAAGGAAAAAAUAGAAAUAAUUACAAAUAUAUAUAAAAAGGGCCAAAAUGUCUCAUAAAAAUUUCCUGUUUACGAUGAGAACCUAUACAGAAUCUUAUCUGUUGUGUAUAUGUGCCAUAAUAUUUUUGUGUUUUACUUUGUGCCAAGCUGUGCAUCGCUACGAUCAGUCUUCUGCCCUCGAACCGGAUAUUCCAUAUUAUCGUACAUCGAGUUCAGGCGAAGUACUUGGAAUAUCGUCUGCUGAUACGUUUCCCCAUCAUAAUCGUUGCGAACCGAUCACUAUUUCAAUAUGUAAAAAUUUACCGUACAAUAUGACUAUUAUGCCGAACUUAAUUGGUCAUACGAAACAAGAAGAGGCAGGUUUAGAAGUGCAUCAAUUUGCUCCAUUAGUUAAGAUCGGUUGCAGUCCGGACUUGCAAUUGUUUUUAUGUUCGCUUUAUGUACCCAUUUGUACCAUACUUGAACAACCGAUACCGCCAUGCCGAUCGCUUUGCGAAUCCGCUCGGAUUUGUGAAACGCUAAUGAAAACUUACAAUUUUAAUUGGCCAGAAAAUUUGGAAUGCUCUAAAUUUCCUAUAAACGGCGGCGAAGCUUUAUGUGUGGUCGAGAACACUACUUCAUCGACACCAUCGCCGACGCGCGCCUUACCGAAAGUAACAACGCGAAAAAAUUAUGCGGGCAUGGACAGCCCACACCGCGAUAUCGGUUUUGUAUGUCCCGUUCAAUUGAAAACUCCACAAGGCAUGGGUUAUGAGUUAAAAGUUGGCGGCAAAGACAAACGUGACUGUGGUGCACCUUGUCAUGCCAUGUUCUUUCCGGAAAAAGAACGUACUGUACUACGCUAUUGGGUCGGAUCAUGGGCUGCAGUAUGUGUCGCUAGUUGCUUAUUUACGGUCUUAACAUUCCUAAUCGAUUCUUCACGUUUCCGUUACCCCGAACGGGCGAUUGUUUUUUUGGCCGUGUGUUAUCUAGUCGUAGGCUGCGCAUACGUAGCCGGUUUGGGUGCUGGCGAUUCAGUAGCUUGUCGCGAACCCUUUCCGCCGCCAGUUCGACUUGGUCGCUUACAAAUGAUGUCAACUAUAACUCAAGGCCAUCGUCAAUCUACUGCUUGUACGGUAUUAUUUAUGGCAUUAUAUUUUUGUUGUAUGGCUGCAUUUGCUUGGUGGUCAUGUUUGGCGUUCGCUUGGUUCUUGGCAGCCGGCCUUAAAUGGGGUCACGAAGCCAUCGAAAAUAAAUCACAUUUAUUUCAUUUGGUCGCAUGGGCAAUACCAGCCUUGCAAACUAUCUCAGUACUGGCGCUUGCAAAAGUUGAAGGUAUGUACGCACACGUGUAUGUGUAAUUAUGUAAAAAAAAUCUUAAAUCAAGAUUCACAUCACGCAGCCGAUGUUUAUCAUCAUCAAUAAUAAUUACAUAAUAAUUACUCAAAAACGCUUAAUUAAACUAACACGUAAGUAAUAUAUACACACAAACACUAUGUAAAACACAUCGAGCGGAGAAUUGAAUGGACAUUUAAAACCCUUUACUGCCUGCCCAGGUGUUUGAUUGUAUUUAAUUACUCCCUUUCUCCCCAAUAAAAAAAGUUUAGGCGAAAAUUUACGUUUGCCUUUGACGUCCAACACUUGAUGCAAAUAAAAUGAAAGAUUAUAUGCAAUAUUUUAAAGCGGCCUAACAAACCCCAAGAUAAACUGAAAUUGCCGGUAGUUAUUAUCUUGAGAUUAUCUUAGAAAAGCUUCUUUAAGUUUGAUCUAUAGGCACAAAAUGGAAAUAUAAAUCUCAUAAGACGACAAACGCAGGCAAAGGCAACCUAUACGCGGACAUCAAGUAAGACCCUGACCCAACCGUAUUUAUUAGCAUGGCAAACACGUAAUGAGGAAGUGAUUACAAUCCAUGGCAUUUCUUGUUAUAUCUAUAUAAAGAGUGAAUUUUCAUUAUUGCUUUUUGAUGAACUUCACAAACAAACCAAGGGCAGUAAGAGUAACAUGCUGAUGAGCGUAGAUAACUUGUAUGUCAGCAUUAAU